AUGGUGCAGGGCUACGCCAACCCUGAAGCUUGUAGCGGUGUCUGCGGCAACGCCCAUGACCCUGCUCUCAUCCGCCGUAGUGACGGCACUUACUUCCGUUUCUCGACGAACGGCGGAGUUGCCAUCCACACCGCCCCUGACAUUACGGGCCCCUGGACCUACAAGGGUGCUGUUCUGCCCUCUGGCUCUAAGAUCUCUCCUGGCAACACGGACGUUUGGGCACCCGAUGUUACGCUUAUUAAUGGAGUGUACUACCUCUACUAUGCCGUUUCCACCGCGUUCGGUGGUCAGAGUUCUGCCAUUGGUCUCGCCAGGUCCUCGACGAUGGAUGUGGGCUCGUGGACCGAUGUCGGAAGCGUUGGAAUCAAGUCUGACUCGUCGAAAGCCUACAACGCCAUUGACCCCAACCUUGUUAAUGCGGAUGGCAACUACUAUCUCAGCUUUGGUAGCUUCUGGCAUGAUCUUUACCAGGUUAAGAUGAAGGGCACCCCCACCGCUGCAGCCGGUGGAGCCGUCAACAUCGCCUACGACCCGGUCGAUACUGCUGAGGAGGGCGCCUUCGUGUUCAAGCACGGCAGCUACUACUAUCUCUUCUUCUCGAAAGGACAGUGCUGUAACCUUGACAAGAGCAGGCCGGCCACCGGUGCUGAGUACAAGAUCAUGGUUUGCCGCUCGAGCUCUGCUACUGGUGGCUUUGUCGACAAGAGCGGCAAGUCCUGCACCUCUGGUGGCGGCACAACUUUCCUUGAGUCUCACGGCUGGGUCUACGCACCUGGUGGUCAGGGUGUCUACCAGGACCGCACUUACGGCCCAGUUGUCUACUAUCACUAUGUCGACACCAGGAUUGGAUACGCCGACGGUGACAAGAAGUUUGGCUGGAACAAGAUCCACUUCGUCAACGACUGGCCUGUUGUGUAAACUUCGGGGC